UCUAUGCCACUGGGAGGUUGAGGGUUGCACGUUGUUGACUCAUCAGGAAGGUGGGAGGGCAGGAAACGGCAACUUUCACUCCUGGAGGGAAGGAAGGGUGUUGAUGGGGAGAAAUCUACAUCUCCCGGUGCCAUAAAUUAAGGAUACCCAAAGGAGCCAUGCAUGUUCGGCUCUGGGGCAAGAAAUGACAACGUAAAAGUGCAAUCUAGCAACCAGAUGGAGACCCUGCCUAACAUCAAAGGAAAGACAUUCAUAUGUCAGUCACCGUCCCAUCAGGAUCUAAAACCUGGCAAAAUCCCAGAAAUUUAAAGAAACAAUUUUCCAUCUUUGGGGGAUGCUUUUUUAAUGAGUUUAACUUAGCUGCACACCUUUCCUCCCUGACCCAAAAUAAAAGGAGUGUUUACUUUUCAUCAUUUUAUAUCACCCUUUGGAAUAACUAAAUUCAUUCUGUGCCAUCACAAAACCAAAUUGGAAACUGUCAAGAAAGAGGCUUUACUUAAAAGAGCUAGUGGGAAUGAGAAAACCAAGGAAAAGAAAUUUGAGGCAUGGUGGCAAAAAGAAAUCCCUGACAGAACAAUCAGCUCCUGUAAGAAGAAAGAGAAGGAUGUUGAACCUGGGAGCUCAGAUGCUGGGUCUGCUGGUGGAGGCACCAUUCUUCUGGGUUGGGCUUCAUGUCAAGUGGUGUGCUUGAUAAUUCAGGAGGGAAAAUACUUGUUCGGAAGGUUGCUGGACAGUCUGGUUACAAAGGGAGUUAUUCCAACGGUGUCCAAUCGUUAUCCCUACCACGAUGGAGAGAAUCCUUUAUCGUCUUAGAAAGUAAACCCAAAAAGGGUGUAACCUACCCAUCAGCUCUUACAUACUCAUCAUCAAAAAGUCCAGCUGCCCAAGCAGGUGAGACCACAAAAGUCUAUCAGAGGCCACCUAUUCCAGGGACAACUGCACAGCCGGUCACUCUGAUGCAGCUUCUGGCUGUCACUGUAGCUGUGGCCACCCCCACCACCUUGCCAAGGCCAUCCCCUUCUGCUGCUUCUACCACCAGCAUCCCCAGACCACAGCCGGUGGGCCACAGGAGCCAGGAGAUGGAUCUCUGGUCCACUGCCACCUACACAAGCAGCCAAAACAGGCCGGGAGCUGAUCCAGGAGACAUGGACUCAUGGAAACCUGGAUCGGUUCUUUUAGAUGAAGGACUUGUUCCAAAAGAAGAAUUGAGCACACAGUCUUUGGAGCCAGUAUCCCUGGGAGAUCCAAACUGCAAAAUUGACUUGUCGUUUUUAAUUGAUGGGAGCACCAGCAUUGGCAAACGGCGAUUCCGAAUCCAGAAGCAGCUCCUGGCUGAUGUUGCCCAAGCUCUUGACAUUGGCCCUGCAGGUCCACUGAUGGGUGUUGUCCAGUAUGGAGACAACCCUGCUACUCACUUUAACCUCAAGACACACACGAAUUCUCGAGAUCUGAAGAAAGCCAUAGAGAAAAUUACCCAGAGAGGAGGACUUUCUAAUGUAGGCCGGGCCAUCUCCUUUGUGACCAAGAACUUCUUUUCCAAAGCCAAUGGAAACAGAAGCGGCGCUCCCAACGUGGUGGUGGUGAUGGUGGAUGGCUGGCCCACGGACAAAGUGGAGGAGGCUUCAAGACUUGCGAGAGAGUCAGGAAUCAACAUUUUCUUCAUCACCAUUGAAGGUGCUGCUGAAAAUGAGAAGCAGUAUGUGGUGGAGCCCAACUUUGCAAACAAGGCCGUGUGCAGAACAAACGGCUUCUACUCGCUCCAUGUGCAGAGCUGGUUUGGCCUCCACAAGACCCUGCAGCCUCUGGUGAAGCGGGUCUGCGACACUGACCGCCUGGCCUGCAGCAAGACCUGCUUGAACUCGGCUGACAUUGGCUUCGUCAUCGACGGCUCCAGCAGUGUGGGGACGGGCAACUUCCGCACCGUUCUCCAGUUUGUGACCAACCUCACCAAAGAGUUUGAGAUUUCCGACACGGACACGCGCAUCGGGGCCGUGCAGUACACCUACGAACAGCGGCUGGAGUUUGGGUUCGACAAGUACAGCAGCAAACCCGACAUCCUCAACGCCAUCAAGAGGGUGGGCUACUGGAGUGGUGGCACCAGCACGGGGGCUGCCAUCAACUUCGCCCUGGAGCAGCUCUUCAAGAAGUCCAAGCCCAACAAGAGGAAGUUAAUGAUCCUCAUCACCGAUGGGAGGUCCUACGACGACGUCCGGAUUCCAGCCAUGGCUGCCCAUCUGAAGGGAGUGAUCACCUAUGCGAUAGGCGUUGCCUGGGCUGCCCAGGAGGAGCUAGAAGUCAUUGCCACUCACCCCGCCAGAGACCACUCCUUCUUUGUGGACGAGUUUGACAACCUCUACCAGUAUGUCCCCAGGAUCAUCCAGAACAUUUGUACAGAGUUCAACUCACAGCCUCGGAACUGAAUUCAGAGCAGGCAGAGCACCAGGAAGUGCUGCUUUACUGACUGACGUGUUGGACCACCCCAGCGCUUAAUGGGGCACGCACAGUGCAUCAAGUCUUGGGCAGGGCAUGGAGAAACAGAUGUCUUGUUAUUAUUCUUUGCCAUCAUGCUUUUUCAUAUUCCAAAACUUGGAGUUACAAAGAUGAUCACAAACGUACAGAAUGAGCCAAAAGGCUACAUCAUGUUGAGGGCGCUGGAGAUUUUACAUUUUGACAAUUGUUUUCAAAAUAAAUGUGCGGAAUACAGUGCAGCCCUUACGACAGGCUUACGUAGAGCUUUUGUGAGAUUUUUAAGUUGUUAUUUCUGAUUAGAACUCUGUAACCCUCAGCAAGUUUCAUUUUUGUCAUGACAAUGUAGGAAUUGCUGAAUUAAAUGUUUAGAAGGAUGACA